AUGACGGGCGCGCGGCCGUGCGCCGCGGAGAAGCGCAGGGCCCGGGAGCGCGGCGGCGGCGGCGGUGGCGGCGGAGGAGCGGCGUCCGAGGCGGCGGCGGGCAGCAUGAGCGGGGCGCGGGGCGCGGGCCCGGUGCUGGCCGCGCUGCUGCUGGCCGCGUCGGUGCUGAGCGCCGCACUGCUGGCCCCCGGCGGCUCCCCGGACCGCGAUGCCGAGGCCGCCCCGCCGCGAGACUUAGAUAAAAAAAAGCAUGUAGAGCUGAAGAUGGAUCAGGCUUUGCUGCUCAUCCACAAUGAACUGCGUGGAACAAACCUGACUGUGUUCUGGAAUUCCGAACGCUGUUACCACUGCUUGUUUCAGGUUCUGGUCAAUGUUUCCUGGAGUGGGAAACCCGGGAAGCCUAGCAUUGCCGCGGUGGCAGUGAGCACCCAGCAUGGAUCUCUCCUGCAGCUUAAUGACACCUUGGAAGAGAAAGAAGUUUGUAGGCUGGAAUAUAAAUUUGGAGAAUUUGGAAAUUAUUCACUCGUGGUAAAGCACACCCAUAAUGGAGUCGGUGAAAUUGCUUGUGACAUAGUUGUCAACAAGAAGCCAGUCGACAGUAACCUUCCUGUGUGUAUUGCGUUCCUUAUUGGUGUGGCACUCAUCAUUGCAGUAUCCUUUCUGAGGUUUUUGUUGAGUUUAGACGACUUUCAUAAUUGGAUUUCUAAAGCAAUAAAUUCCCGGGAAACUGAUCGCCUCAUCAAUUCUGAGCUGGGGUCUCCAAGCAGGGCAGCCUCCAUCGGUGGCGAUGCUCAACCGGAAGCAUGGCGUCCGCCCGCCGCAACGCCACGCCUCCGCUGUGUAGACACAUUCAGGGGGAUAGCUCUCAUCCUCAUGGUCUUCGUCAAUUAUGGAGGAGGAAAAUAUUGGUACUUCAAACACUCAAGUUGGAAUGGACUGACGGUGGCUGACCUCGUAUUCCCAUGGUUUGUAUUUAUUAUGGGAUCUUCAGUUUUUCUAUCAAUGACUUCCAUACUGCAACGAGGAUGUUCAAAAUUCAGAUUGCUAGGGAAAAUUGCAUGGAGGAGUUUCCUGUUAAUCUGUAUAGGAGUGGUCAUUGUGAACCCCAAUUAUUGCCUUGGUCCAUUGUCUUGGGAUAAGGUACGAAUUCCUGGUGUGCUCCAGAGGCUGGGGGUGACCUACUUUGUGGUUGCUGUGUUAGAGCUCAUCUUUGCUAAACCUGUGCCUGAAAGUUGUGCCUUGGAGAGAAGCUGCUUUUCCCUUCGAGACAUCAUCUUCAGCUGGCCCCAGUGGCUCUUCAUUCUGAUGCUGGAAAGCAUUUGGCUGGCUUUGACAUUCUUCUUGCCUGUUCCUGGAUGUCCUACUGGUUAUCUCGGCCCUGGUGGCAUUGGAGAUUUGGGGAAGUAUCCAAAUUGUACUGGAGGAGCUGCUGGCUACAUUGACCGCCUGCUUUUGGGAGAUGACCACAUUUACCAGCAUCCUUCUUCCACCGUGCUUUAUCAUACCCAGGUGGCCUACGAUCCAGAGGGAAUUUUAGGGACCAUCAACUCCAUUGUGAUGGCAUUUUUAGGCAUUCAGGCAGGAAAAAUACUCUUGUAUUACAAGGAUCAGACCAAAGACAUUCUGAUCAGAUUUACUGCCUGGUGUUGUUUUCUAGGGCUUAUUUCUGUUGCUUUGACGAAAAUUUCUGAAAAUGAAGGCUUUAUUCCAAUAAACAAAAAUCUGUGGUCCAUUUCGUAUGUCACCACACUGAGCUCCUUUGCCUUCUUCCUCCUGCUUAUCCUGUACCCCAUUGUGGAUGUGAAGGGACUGUGGACGGGAACCCCAUUCUUCUACCCAGGAAUGAACUCUAUUCUGGUGUACGUUGGCCAUGAGGUGUUUGAGAACUACUUCCCCUUUCAGUGGAAGCUGCAGGAUAAUCAGUCACACAAAGAGCACCUAACUCAGAACAUAGUCGCCACUGCAGUUUGGGUGCUCAUUGCCUACAUUCUUUAUAAAAAGAAGGUUUUUUGGAAAAUCUGACAGCUCCAGCUGAAAUGCAUUGCUAGCAGACUCUAGUGGGCCUGUGGGAGUGUUGAAGCAGCCUUUAUUAAAGGGAACCAUGAAUUAUAGAAUCAGUAGGAUGUGUAUUUCCCAGUGAUUGGGGAAGCUGCUGAUGUGCUCUGGCUGGUUUACUAUGAUGCGGCUGUUUAUCAGAACUCUAUAUUUGAGACUUAUAUGUUUGGAAUAUAAUUGUCGUUUUUCUCCAUCUUUUAUGUAAAUGGAUGAAUUUAGAAUUUCAUUUAAGGGAUUUGUCAUUUAACUCUUCAAAAGGAAAUUGCCGUGGGCAUUUUGUGUCUGUGACAGAUAAAACAAUCUAAAGUCUAAUUUUUAUUAUCUUGUUUUCCUGUAGACUGCCUUUCCAGGUACACACAUGCCAGCCAAGAGUACCUUCAUUUCUUUUGUGGCUGACUAGAAGUCUUAUCGAAUGGGAUGGGUAGUGAUGUGGCCCGAUACUUUUUGUGGUUAAGAGCAGUUUAAUAUUUUAAGAAAGUCAGUAAUUUCCUUUUCAGAUCUGCAAGGCAUUGGUGGGUCCAAAAAAUGCCUUUCUGUCCGGAGGGAUUCUCUCCUUUUCCCUACUUGGAAAAGGAUGUUAAAAUAUAGAUGUGUUAUUCCAGCCACUCUUGCUUAUAGUUAUAAUACUUACAUAACUAUUUGGCUGUCUGUCUACCUACUUGUCUUUCUCACUGUGUGUCUAGAUGGUGGCUGGCACCCAGGGUUCUAGUGUGGCAGAGAAAAGCACACUCCCGUGCUUGUAGCGCCAGCCUUCCAUCCUUGCCGUGUGAGAUGCCAGCAAGUCCCAUGGCCUCUCUGGGCGCGUGUUCCCUCAUCUGUGAAAUGAGGGAGCAGGGAUGACCUCUCUGGUUCCUUCCAGCUCUUAGGCUCACUGAAGUGGGAUACAUCAGUAGCUUUUCUGAAAUCCUUAGGGAAAUAAUUUUAUUACAGAGAACUCUUCAAAAUAAAUGAUAAUGAAAAGUUAAACAAACAAAACAAAACUCUCAUUGGAGUAAAUCUUUUCAGAACGACCCUCCACAGUGGAGGCACUUUCCUGGGUGGAAUCACGAAACUGAAGAAAUAGUGUCUCAGGAGUGAAGACAGGAGACAUUUUGAAAACAACACUUUUCAUAUGAUGCAUCAUCAUGCUUAACGACUUUUCUGUGAGAAUUCCGUGUGGAGGAAAAGGUGGAAUAGGUUGUGCUUGAGCCCGCUCUUCCGCGGUGCGGCGGGGCCACCUCCACGUCGCUCCAGCCGUUACCACAGUAGGACGACUCUCUGGCCUGCGUUCCGCCGAGGACCUCCACCCC